GCUGUAAGCAUAAGCAAGCGAAUAAAUGGAAUAUGAGGGAAUGAGCAUUGGAAUUGGAAAAUGGCGUUACAAUUGCGAUGCGGCGGCGUCUUUCUCUCACAAUUGUCAGAUAGCAAUAAUAAAAAUGGGCGGUUGGUAAUUGGGGGUGUGGGCUGGGGGAGAGAGCCAUUCCUUGGUCGUCUCCGUUGCAGCAGCAAUAAUAAUAACAGCAACUGCGAUGCGAAAAAGGGUGUCCCUGAUUCAAACUACGUAGUGCCCCUGGAGAAAUCUUUUUCGCCUUCCAACUCCUCCUGCAUCACUCGCCCUCUUAUUGAAAUCCUGCGCGACCUCAAUAAGCGUAUCCCGCAUAACAUCAUCAAGUCUCCGCCUAAUUCUUCCACUUUCCUCCCCUGGUACCAUGCCAAUCGCAUGUUGAGCUUCUACGCCCCUGGGUGGUGUGGAGAAGUACGUGAUGUUAUAUUCGCCAACAAUGGAACCAUUACUGUUGUGUAUCGACUCACCAUUCGAGGUUCUGACGGAGAGGUACAUCGUGAAUCAACUGGCACGGUAUCAUCCAGCAAAAUUAACAUGGUAGAUCCUGUUAGUGCAGCAGAGGAAAUAGCUUUCUGCAGGGCAUGUGCUCGUUUUGGUCUUGGCUUGUAUCUGUAUCAUGAAGAAUAGAUGUUAUAGAGAGGAUGGAGGCUGGCUAACCUUUCAAAUCAAACGUGUCUUUAGCUCUUGUAUGAAAACUUGGGUUGUACUUAAAUUCUGCCUUUCCCUGUUUAGUAUGAUAUGAUAUAUAAUCAAAUUUCCUAAUGUUUUUGUAGAAUAUAAUCAAAUUUUUAAUUAAUGCCAAUGGGUGAGAAUUUUAAAA